AAUCUUCUUAGAUAUAUUUAGAUAGAUUGAUAAAAAAGCAAGUAGCAAACAGACAAAAAAGAAAGCUCACAAAGCCAAUGUGUAUGGUUCUUAAUGGUAAUGUUUCUCAUCAUCCAAAACAGUUCAAUCAAAUCCUUCAUAGCAUCACAAUAUGGCAACCAAUUUGAACAAUCUAUUCAAAACUUCAAUUCUAAAUCACAAGACAAACCAAAAGAACAACCUUUUCACUACAACCACACAAAAAACCACAAGAUUUCAAGUUACUAUCAAUGCUACAUCCAAUAAAAAAAGUGCUAAACAACUCAUAGAAUCUGGUUCAAUAAGAACAAUUUUACCAAAAGAUGCUUCCACAGCUAUGAACUCAGAAGGUUUCAUUCUCCUUGAUGUUAGACCAAAUUGGGAGAGAGAAAAGGCACGUGUGAAAGGGUCAUUGCAUGUGCCAAUGUUUGUUGAAGAUAAGGAUAAUGGUCCUUUAACUUUGCUUAAGAAAUGGGUUCAUUUUGGUUAUAUUGGUGCUUGGACUGGUCAAUAUCUCACCACUUUUAAUUCUGAAUUUCUUAGUCAAGUGGAAAAUGUUGUUCCUGGUAAAGAUAGCAAGAUUCUUGUUGCAUGUGGUGAAGGAUUAAGGUCACUAACAGCAACUUCAAAGCUGUAUAAUGGAGGCUACAAAAACAUUGGAUGGUUAGUUGGAGGUUUUAAUCGUUCACAAGACAAUGAUUUCUCAGAAAUAGAAGGAAAAGAGAAGUUGAAGUAUGCUACAAUUGGGAGCCUCUUACUUCUUCCUUCAAUUACUCAUACUUCUCCAGACAGUGAGUAAAUAGUUAGUAUUUUGGUCUCUAAAUGUGUUAUGCAGUGUUGGUAUAGUCUCUGAAUGAAUGUAUCGAAACUUAAAAAAUAUCUCUAAAUGUGUUUUCUGGAUGAACUGACAAAUAAAAGACACAUUUCAUGAUUAAAAGAACUGGCAAAAAACACAUUUGAUGAUAUUUAUUUAGAGAUUAUAAUGACACUAUUAGACAUAUUUAAAGACUAUUGGUAUAUCUUUUUGAUAAUAUUCUUGAAUUUGUACACUAUUGAACUUGUAAGACUCUAUGACCUUGUUGUAUUUUGAUUAAAAAAAAUAAACUUCCUAGUUGGGCCGCUCAGACUUGUUGUAAUCAGGAUUAGCUGGUUGCUACUGACGCCUGACAAAGACUUGUGCACCCCCUGUAUAGGUCCAGUUUGGGAACGGAAAUAAGUCCCCGUCACUUUCUUUUUUACCA